AUGUGUGCAGGGAACAACAUCACCUACGACCACCUCUUCAUCGAGUACAUCAACGACCCCAACCACGAAAACAUCGGCGACACCAACGACUACGGCCAGCUCUUCUCUUCAAUCAAGUACAUCAACGACCCCAACCACGAAAACUACUAA